AGAGCAGAUCUGUGGGUGAGGAUGCAGGGCGCCCGGGGACCGGCCGUCUAGUUGCCCUGCCUGGGAGACGCCCCAGGAACGUAGAACCCUGUGCCCUCGAAACUUCCAGAGGAGCCUCUUCCAUCACAAAGGGGCCUGAGAGACUCCUGACUCUGUUUUGACGCAGCGCGGAAGAGGAUGCUGCAGACAUGUUUAACCCACACGUGCUAGACUCUCCAGCCGUGAUUUUCGACAACGGGUCCGGCCUCUGCAAGGCGGGGCUGUCCGGAGAGAUCGGCCCCCGCCACGUGGUCAGCUCCGUCGUGGGGCACCCCAAGUUCAAGAUGGCUGCUGCAGGAGCCAGUCAGAAGAAGCACUUUGUGGGCGAAGAGGCCCUGCACAGGUGCGAGGUCUUACACCUGCACUGCCCCAUCGAGCGGGGCCUGAUCACGGGCUGGGACGACAUGGAGAAGCUCUGGAAGCACCUCUUUGAGUGGGAGCUGGGGGUCAAGGCCAGCGAGCGGCCGGUGCUCAUGACGGAGCCCUCGCUGAACCCUCGGGAGACGCGGGAGAAGGCGGCCGAGGUGAUGUUCGAGAGGUUCGAUGUGCCCGCCUUCUACCUGUCGGACCAGGCAGUUCUGGCCCUCUAUGCCUCAGCCUGCGUCACGGGCCUGGUGGUGGACAGCGGGGACGGGGUCACGUGCACCGUCCCCAUCUUCGAGGGCUACUCCCUGCCCCACGCGGUCACCAAGCUCUACGUGGCAGGGAGGGACAUCACGGAGCACCUCAGUCGGCUGCUGCUGGCCAGCGGGCGGGCCUUCCCCUGCAGGCUGGACAAAGCCUUGGCGGACGACAUCAAGGAGAAGCUGUGCUACGUGGCCCUGGAGCCGGAGAAGGAGCUCUGCCGGCGGCCGGAGGAGGUGCUCCGAGAGUACCGGCUGCCCGACGGGAACAUCGUCCCCCUCGGGGACCAGCUGUACCAGGCACCCGAGGCCCUGUUCUCGCCCGAGCAGCUGGGCAUCCAGAACCCCGGCCUCUCCAAAAUGGUCUCCUGCAGCAUCACCAAGUGUGACGCCGACAUCCAGAAGACCCUUUUCAGGGGGAUCGUGCUGUCCGGGGGCACCACACUGCUCCAGGGGCUCGACGACCGGCUCCUGCGGGAGCUGGAGCAGCUGGCUUCCAAGGGCAUCCCCAUCAAGAUCACGGCGCCGCCCGACCGGGGGUUCUCCACGUGGAUAGGCGCCUCCGUCGUCACCUCCCUGAGCAGCUUUAAGCAGAUGUGGGUCACCUCCGCAGACUUCAAGGAGUUUGGGACAUCUGUGGUCCAGAGAAGAUGCUUCUGAGGGGCCCUGCUCCCGGAGCAGCCGUGGUGGGACGCGGGCUCACAGCUCAGCAUCCCCAGGGCGUUCAAUAAAAGACA